CACAGACGCCUGUGCAGUUUGGGUUCCAGUAAUGAACUACGUGGUCUCUAAUUCUCUCCCCCCGCUAUUUAGUUUGCCCAUGUUGCAAAUUAUCCUCCUGUGGGACUCCAGACGUGGGUUGCAAAACAGCAGCUAGAACAGGGCAUGGCCGCGAGCCUUUGAUCGAGCAAUGUGAUCUCGCGCAGGCAAAGCGGCUGUCUUGGAGCGCCGCCCCCGCUUCCUCCUUUUGUGGGGCCCUCCCCGUGCUCCAGGGCUGCGCGGGACGUUUGGGGGUUUUGCUAUCAGAGGAGGCGUUUGCAGCAACACAACAUGCCGAAUAAGAGGCAGCGACCGGCGGGCCCUGCAAGCAAGAGGGACAGUGGUCAGUGGGUGAUGGUUGCACCAGUCUCUGUUACUGACCUUCCAAGGAAGCCGGGAAAUGGGCCCCUAUUUACCAGACUACGGAACCCAAGUACAGGACAAGCGGCCCUGUACUUGUUCAGCAGUGAUGCUCGUCAGCUCUUUGAAGUAAAAGCUUUCCAUGAAGAGUACCGUUCAUGGUUCAUUGGGCAGGCCGUUCAGCAGGAUGGACGCCUGUUCUUUGCAACACCAGUGGAUCCCUUAUUUCUUGUGCUCUUCUACCUUGCCAAGGCAGAGAAAGAGCAAGGAAAGUUUCAGCCGCUGGAUCAGAUUUUGGUAGAUGCAGAGUUUUCUUCCUGCACAAUGCUGUUACGUUGUACAAACAUCUCGAAGUCUAUUCAUCACAUUGCAGAAGAAAAAGAAACAGGUGGCAGGAAAUUUUAUAAAUAUAAUGAAGAGAAAACAUUGAAGUGGCUAACGAAGAAGGUUAACCAGACUGUGAAUGUAUUAAAAGACCAUGAUGUGUCCGUGGGUGCAAAGGUGAAAUCUGCUACGUUUAUCAGCAGUAAACAGCUCACAGGUGCCACAGAAGAGGACUACAUUCGCUAUGCUCACGGUUUAAUAUCGGAAUAUAUUCCUGAAGAACUGAGCUCUGCAUUAGCUAAAUAUUUACGACUUCCAGAAGUUGCAGUUCCUCCAACAGAGCCACCGUCAAAGAUGUCAGUGCGUCACCAGAGGAAGAGAUGAUGGGGAUAAAGUGACAUUUGGAUACCUUAUUUUAAGCAUGGAAUAUUCCAAGAAUCCUUUUAAGGAAAUGUCAGGUGUCUUGUAGGAAUCUAUCCAGGUGAGACUGAUAAAGAGGAGCUUCAGGGGUGGGGUAGGAAGUGAAGCUAGUUUCCUUUCUAGCAGGUGGGGAGAGGGGCAGAUCUCUUGCUUCAAGUAUUAGAUUUUAUGCUUGCUCCUUGUGAUCCAGGAAGUUCUUGUUUUUCUGUACGUUGCUUAGCUCCUGCCGUAUGUUUUUAUCAAACUCUUAAUCUCACAAUAGUAAUAAAUUCCACGGGAGGAGCCGUGUUAGUCAACUGCAGCCAAAGUAACCCAAAAUCUAGUGGCCCCUAAAGACUUAGUGUAGUAUAGUGGUUAGAGUGUCAGACUAGGAUCUGGGUAACCUAGGUUUGAACCCCCAGUUUGCCAUGGAAGCUUAGCUGGGUGAUCUUAAACCAGUCACACACACUUAGCCUAACCUACCUCACAGGGCUGUUGUGAGGUUAAAAUGGAGGAGAGGAGAACAAUGUAAACGGCUUUGGGUUCCCGUUGUGGACAAAGACGGGGUAUAAAUGAAGUAAAAUAAAUAACAAAUCUAGCAUAAACUUUCAUGAGCCACACGCGGCCUGCUUUGUCAGUUGCAUGAUUUUGCCAAAAACUUAAAACAACAAUGCAUUCUUCAGUAUUUAAAGUACCACUAAACUUUGUCUUAAUCUGUGAGUGGCUGAUUCCGCACACGUUGGAUAAUGCACUUCCAAUCCUCUUUAUAGAUCAUUUGUAACAGAUUUUUUCGUGUGCAGAACAAAAAAUCCACCUCUAACGAUUGAUAAAGUGCAUUGAAAGUGCAUUAUCCAACGUGUGCAGAAUCAACCUAAAUAUGAUUUUAUUUUUUUUGAAGAAAAAACUACCAUGUUUUGUGGGAAGAAUGGUGAUUUCAUGUAUAUAACCCCAGAAUACCUUUAUGUUCAUGGGUUAUGAACACUUCAGUUUUUUCAAGACAAGAUGUCUCCACUGCUCUCUUCCUCUGUUGUCCCCACAAGCAGGGAGCCAAAAUCAAAAGCUUUCUCAUUUUGUGGAAGUCUUUGAUCUAACCCUAAGUUGGUGGCAUAUCCAAACUUGGGCUCUAUAAUGAACUGGGGUUUGUUUCUUGCCUGCAAAAUGAGAUCCAAAAUCACCAUCCUGGUUCAGAAUUCCUGUUGGUGGAUGAGAAACUAAUCCAGUUUACUCUAGAUGGAAUAUCACAACAAAUUGUGAUUAGAUGAAAGAAUUCCCAAAUGAGAGAGGUUUCAGUCUCUCACCACUGCAUGUGAAGGACAUGCAGGGUGGGUGGGCAAAGAGCGCUCAAGCCAAGAAUAAACCAGUCUUGUUCUCAUGAAUAAAUUCCAGACUGUCAUACUGAACACAGUCUUCCGCAUCAUUGCGCCAUUUCCCCAUAAAUGUGCACUUCUUUUUAAUGCCCUGCAUACACUCCAUGUCUCCUCUAAAGGUGGAGAUCUCCCAGCAUUCAUGUUCAUUGUUUUUGAGGGAAAAUGGCCGCCUACUUCCAGAUAAUACAGUACUUGUUACUGAAACUGAAAUGUGUUUUCAGUGUCAAAGGCCUUUGCUGGCAUUGCCUGUUUGUUAUAUGAUUACUAAUUAGAGCUAUAAUACAUCUGUGCCCACUCUGUGCACUAAUUGUGUUUUACUUCCUGUGAGGCUUUUAUAGCUAUAAUUUUAACCAAAAGAAUAGAUGAACUCUGGCUGUUUGGGUAAUGCAUGUUUUCUUUCAUUCUCUGGCAGCUGGGUGCUUUCGCUCUUCCCUCAUCUAGAAAAGGGCUGUGCAAGUACCUUGUAGCAAAUCUAUUCUUCUCUCUCACUCUGAUCUGUUUUGUCACAAACUUGGCUUUGAAAAAAGCACUUGAUAGAGUUUCACACAGCAGCUAAUGUGGACGGGAUCCUCUUGUAUGAAUCCUGUAGAAAGGCGGAAGCCUAGCCAGCUUAACAGGAAAGAGAACAUUUUAAAAAUAGCAUUUUGUAAUUUGAGGUGGUGGUGGUGGUGGUCUAGUCUUCAUGUUUUAGCUUGCUAACAAUGAAACUUUUAUCUUAAUUAUGUAACCAUAUUUGUGCAUGUGUAAAAUACAGGGCUUUUUUUCAGCUUGGACGCGGUGGAACAGA